GAAAAAGGGCUGACUAUCAUCCAGGGCAGGACGACGAACAUUUGUUACUCGAGCAGCGGAGUCGGAACCACAACGGGCUGUUCUAGAAGUUUCUACCGGUCCGUUACAGACCUGCCUUCAUGAACAAUACCACCCGCAGCGGGAGUCGAGCCUCUUUUACCGGUUACUUUUACACAAGUUCCGCCGAGUUCUUCGGAAGCUGCUACACUGAAGCUAAAGCUAACUGUUUACAUUCAAGCGGGCUGGCUAACGGCUAACGGCUGACGGUUAGCUGUCAGUUGAGGCUAGAGGGGAUACAGCUACGGCGGGCUAGCUAUAAGCGAGGCUAACGGCUAACGGCUAGCUGUCAGUUGAGGCUAGAGGGGAUACAGCUACGGCGGGCUGGCUAACAGCGAGGCUAACGGCUAACGGCUGACGGUUAGCUGUCAGUUGAGGCUAGAGGGGAUACAGCUACGGCGGAAAAAUAUCGUGAUUUGGAUUAAAAUACACGGAACGAACACGCGUUUCCUGGAGAGAAAGUUAAGCGUCAUUUCCUUGCUCGCUGCCAGCGGAGAUGUUCGGGUGUCUGGUCGCCGGCCGGUUGGUGCAGACGGACGCGGUGCAGGUGUCUCCGGACAAGUUCGUGUUCAACCUGCCGGACUAUGAGAGCGUAAACCACGUGGUGGUGUUCAUGCUGGGCACGGUGCCGUUCCCCACCGGUAUGGGCGGCGCCGUGUACUUCUCCUUCCCGGACCCGGCGAGCGGCGGCCCGGUGUGGCAGCUGCUCGGCUUCAUCACCAACGAGAAGCCCAGCGCCAUCUUUAAGAUCUCAGGGCUGAGGGGCGGCGAGGGCGGGGCACAUCCCUUCGGCAUGAUGGCCACCUCUUCUCUGUCGCCCUCCGUGGCUCAGGUGGGUGUGUCGGUGGAGGCUCUGGAUCAGCUGGCGCAGCAGAUGCCCGUGUCCAGCGCGGCCGUGUCCAGCGUGGACUCCUUCCUGCUCUUCACCCAGAAGAUGCUGGACAGUCUGUACAACUUCGCCGCGUCCUUCGCCGUGUCGCAGGCGCAGAUGGCGCCGAACCCCUCGGAGACCUUCAUCCCGUCCAGCUGCAUCCUCAAGUGGUAUGAAAACUUCCAGCGGAGGAUGAGCCAGAACCCAAACUUCUGGAAGAACUGACUC